CCUUUGAGUGAAAAUAAAAUUUGAAGUUUCUGGCUACAGCUAACCCUUCUCUUUUCUCCUCCCUUCACUCUUAAAACGGAAUUUAGGGUUUCUGCCCCCCCAAAAAUUCCAAUUCCUUCCCCCAAACUCAACAAUGGGUAAAAAGAAGCAGAAGGAGCCGCAACAAACCCCUAAAAACGACACCGUCUCAUCCUCUUCCAGUGUUUUCGAUGUUCUCUUCGGCAACGCGCCGGAACAGAUAACCGGCACUGCCGCUUCUCUUUUUUCCGACGACAACCCCUUUAAGAGAAAGCCUCCACAACCUGCUCUCAUUGCUGAUGUUACCGAUAACACUCCAAAUCCCGAAAUCUGCGUUGUAGAUGAGAAGAAGAGAAAGAGGAACAAAGAGAAAAGCCCCGUGCUUGAUUCAAAUUCUGCAAUCGAAGUUUCUGAGAAGAAGAAAAAGAAGAAAAGUGGUUUGAACGAGAAAGAAGGGGAAGAGAAACAGCUUGUUUUGGAUGUAGUAGCGAUUGGUCAGAAGAAGAAGAGGAAAAGGGACGAGGUUGAGAAAGAGUGGGAGGAGAAGAAGUAUGGGAUUGUUGAGGGAGGAGAUGAAGAUGAAAGGGAAGGGUUUGAGAAUGAAAAAGUUGGGAGCAAGAGAAAAGUGCGUGAUAAUCCAGCAGAUAUGAUGGUUUCAAAGGAAGGUUUUGAUGAUGAAGAUAAGCUUUUGAGGACUAUUUUUGUUGGAAAUUUGCCUCUUAAGGUGAAAAAGAAGACUUUGUUGAAGGAGUUUAAGAACUUUGGUGAAGUUGAAUCUGUCAGGAUUCGCUCUGUUCCUUUACAAGAUACUAAAAAGCCUAGAAAGGGAGCCAUCCUUGCGAAGAAGAUCAAUGAAUCAGCUGAAAGUGUUAAUGCUUACGUUGUUUUCAAAACUGAGGAAUCUGCUCAGGCUUCAUUGUCCCACAAUAUGACUGUGGUUGAAGGAAACCACAUUCGUGUUGACAGGGCAUGCCCGCCCCGCAAGAAACUUAAAGGGGAUAAUUCUCAGCUUUAUGAUAAUAAGAGAACUGUUUUUGUGGGUAACCUCCCAUUUGAUGUAAAGGAUGAAGAACUUUAUCAGCUAUUUGGUGGUAUACCCAAUCUAGAAUCAAGUGUAGAAGCUAUAAGAGUUGUUCGUGAUCCUCAUCUUAAUGUUGGAAAGGGAAUUGCUUAUGUGCUAUUUAAAACAAAGGAAGCUGCCAAUUCCAUUGUUAAUAAACGAUCCUUGAAUCUUCGAGAUCGAGCAUUGAGACUCAGUCGUGCCAACGCAAAUGCUAGUACUACCCCAUCUAAAAGGCCACACUCUCCAGCGGCACGACUCAGUCAUGGCAAACCAGAUGCUACUCCAUCUAAAAGGCCAUACACUCCAGCAGCACAAGCUCAUAGUACCCCUGCAAAGAAGUUUUCAGCUGCUUCAAAGUCUCCUUCAAGCAAUAAAAACGGGUCAAACAGAAAAACUACUGCAUCUUAUCAGGGUCUGCGUGCAACCAAAUCUGAUGUCCACAAGAAAAGUCAUGGUGGAGAAAAACCAAAAGAGCGCACAAAGAAAAGACCAACAGUGGCUGCCAGAAAGGCUAAAGCUAAAGUGCAACAGGAGGGUGGUACACCCAAACAAGCAGGGUCAAAAGGUACCCCAAAAUAUGCAGGGUCAAAAGGUACCCCAAAACAAGCAGGGUCAAAAGGUACACCAAAACAAGCAGGGUCAAAACGCAAGUUUGAUAGUCGUACUCCUGACAGUUCCGGACGAGUUAUGAAAGCUCAAAAGAAGCGGUAGACUGUUUCUGAUGGCAUCAGGGAUUAAAUUUUGUUUUCUUGUUAGAAUUUUCUAGCUCUAAAGGACAUGGAGGAAAGAGUUUGACACUGAUGAUUUUAUGCAGUUGGGCGUUUUCAGUGUCAGUUAAACUCCCAGUGGAAUUUAAUAUAAGGUGCAACUUUCCACUUUUAAAAAAGCAGUAGCGGAGGAUAGAAAUUAGCUCUUGUAUCUUUUAAAUCAUUUUACAUUAUUGUGCAAGUUCCAUUAGAGAACUUAUAUAAGGUUUGUUGUGGCACUUUGUCUUGAGAAUUGAAAUGGCCCAUCAAUUUUUGCUCCUGAACUUCUGUUUAUCAAAAAGUUCUAGUAAAGCUGCUUUAAGCUGCUUUCGCGUAACAUUGGCAGCGAUAACUGUCUUGAUCCUCUACAGCUGAAAUUUGUAUGAUAUAUUUUUUUAAUAUAUUAUAUGUUGGUUUUUGUUA